GUUUUCCUCUUUUCCCUUCCACCAAACCACUCCCUCGUAGAAGGUCGCACUUGCAGAGGCUCAGCUAAGGGUCAGGAAAGCAAGAGGCAGAGUGAACUCCCGUUACCAAUCUCAGUCGUCAACACUCGGAAUUUGACAGGAAAGUGAAAAUGCCACCGAAGCUGGGCCACAUCGUCGAGACCGUCCUGUACACCUCGGAUUUGGGCAAGCUCGCAGCCUGGUACAAGGACGUGCUGGGCCUCGUGCCUUUUAUCGAGCUUCCCGCCGUCGUCGGAUUCUCGCUGCCAAACGAUACGAUCCUGCUCCUCUUCGACCGGGCCACGACCACAAACGACAAGGUGUCCGAGGCCGGCGUCAUACCCAAGCACGGCGCCGACACGGGCCUCGGUCAGCACAUCGCAUUUGCCUGCGCCGACGCCAACGAGCUCGGCGAGUGGGAAAGGCAUUUUCAGGAAAAGGGCGUCGAGAUCGCCGGCAGGAUGCAGUGGGAGAAAGGUGGCAAGUCGGUGUACGUCCGAGACUGCGAGGGGCAUCUCGUCGAGAUCAUGACAAGGGGCGUAUGGGUUGUGUACUGAAGAAUGAAUGAAAUAAAAUCAUUGGAAGAAGAUUUGUCUGAGAGUUGAUUAUGCGAAUUCGCUGGUGUCGAGUCGGAUUUUAGGAGUUAAAUUAAUAAAUAACCUGGAGCGGAAAGGAAAACGAAAAUUG